CCAGGCUACUACGUGCCAACCUUCAUGGGACGUGCAGUGCUGCCAGAGUUUCUUGUGUUGUCGUUAAUUCUUCAGCUCAGGUGUUUCAGCUCCAGUUUGAACUCUUCUGGACUUGAGUAAUGAGGCAGAGCUGUGUGUGGUGUGUGGAAAGAGUGAACCCAGCCGUUACAGUUCGUAGGAAGCCUUGAAAGCAAACUGCUAGCUUCGUUUAGCUUGUUGAGCUCAGCUCGUAACGCUGUCUUUUAACCUGACCAAAUACGGUUGGCAUGGUUACUAACGUCAGUUAAACUGCGAGCUGAAUUGUGUUUUCGGUGAAUCUCUGAGGAAAUACUCCACUUGGUAAAGGCAUAUUUUGGAGUCAUAAACGGGUAACUAUAGCUUGAUUGACAGGACUGGUGACCUUCCCUGGCAGCUGGGCGUGGUGUGACUUUAUUUGGGCUUUCCAAAUUCAGUGAAUUAACCUAAUCUGACCAGAGGACUGACAUAUAACGCAGUAUGUAACAGCAGAGAGUCCUCAGUAACCUGUUAAUUGGACAUGUGAUUGAGUUUAUGGGUGUGUGGUCACUUGUUGUGAGAAUGCCUCGCCGCUCGGUGGUGAACUUGCUGGGUCUAGGGACUCGAGCUGUCAGUCUGCUGAAUGGAAACUCACUUCAGACCUUUCACUCUUCACUAAAACACGCCUCCUCGCUGCCUAAAGCUGGAUUCAAACCUGAGAAAGUAGCAGUGGUUACAAAGACCACCAGGUAUGAGUUUGAGCAGCAGCGAUACCUGUAUGCAGGGCUCUCUGAAGAGGACCUCAAACACCUGCUCGCUCUGAAGGGCUCCAGCUACAGCGGCCUGCAGGAAAGACACAAAAUACACACCAACAACGUGGAGCACAUUGUGAAGAGCCUGCGGAGCAAAGGCAUUGAGGUACGGAUUGUGAAGAGGGGAGAAUAUGAUGAAGAAGUGGUCCGAUGGGCCGAUGCCAUCAUCUCUGCUGGAGGUGACGGGACAAUGCUUCUUGUUGCCAGUAAGGUUUUAAGCAAAGACAAACCAGUUGUUGGAGUGAACACGGACCCUGAAAGCAUUCAGCAUUCCUCCCACGUGUGUUUGCACCCCAGGUCAGAAGGUCAUCUGUGCCUGCCCGUGCGCUACACUCAUGCCUUCCCAGAGGCCCUGAAGAAGCUCUGUUGUGGUGAGUUCAGGUGGCUGUGGCGUCAGAGGAUCCGUCUGCACUUAGAGGGGACGGGAAUCAACCCGACGCCCGUGGACCUGCACGAGCAGCAGAUGAGCCUGGAGCAACACAGCCAGGCGCACAGAAUCACCACCAUGGACAGCCGGCUCAGGACAGGAAAUCCAUACGAGAGCUUCUCCAAGCCUAAUCUGCUGCCGAUCAGAAGCCUGAAUGAGAUCUUCAUCGGAGAGUCUCUGUCCUCCAGGGUGGAGUUAAACUCGAUCAAACCGCAUGUUAAACUCUUGCUCCAUAGGGCUUCCUACUAUGAGAUCUCUGUGGACGACGGGCCGUGGGAGAAGCAGAAGAGCUCAGGUCUCAGCAUCUGCACAGGAACAGGAUCCAAAGCCUGGUCAUAUAACAUCAAUAAACUGGCUGAACAGGCGGUGGAGGAGGUUCUCAACAUCGGAAAGUCUCAGACGGGUCUUGAUAUCCCGCUGAAUCGUGAAUUCAUUGAAAAGGUGACUGAUCUGUACAACGAGUCUCUGGUGUUCAGCCCGGACGACAGACGUAUGUUCUUCAGCAUCAGAGAGCCCAUCGUCAACAGAGUGUUCUCCAGCAGCCGGCAGAGAGGCUUCGCCAGCAAGGUGUCGGUGCGCUCGCGCUGCUGGGACGCCUGCAUGGUGGUCGACGGCGGGACUUCCUUUGAGUUCAACGACGGGGCCAUCGCUACCAUCAGUCUGAGUGAAGAGGACCAGCUGAGGACCGUGGACCUGGAGAACUGAGGGGUCCAGAGCUCACUAAUGUUCUCUAAUGAUCACUGUUCAAAGGGAAGUCAGCUGUUAGCCUCCCUACCUGAGACACAGGUAUCACUGUUACUAUUGUUCAUCAAAUGUGUGCGUUUUUACCAAUCAAUUAUUCCCAAAUUAGAUUACCUUUCCAGGAUAUAAUGACAAUCUAUUUAGUAGAGAAUAUAUCAACAUUUGAAUGAUGUUACUAUAAACUGUCAGCAGAGGAAGGGAUAAAAGAUCAGGCAUGAUUAUUAAAUAUAAUUAAUAUCGUUCCGUUAAAAACAAUUGUUUAGAUUUGUAUUUCAGAUGACAUUUUGUGAUGUGCUAUUGCUUUAUGACUUUGAAAGAAUUAUAAAAUAUUCUAUAUUUACGUUUUUUCAACAAAUCCCAGUUAGUCCGACUCUCACUACGUCCUUUCUAUCCCCAGCUGUCACUCAACCCUGAGCCUCUUACUGAAGACAUACAUCUUUAGAAAUGGCUCACACAAAAAAA